AAAUACCUCAAGAUGAAAAUAUUACUGAUCUAGAUGAAUAUUCAGAGAGUCUAGACCCAUUUUCUGAAUAUUUUGACAAUGAUGAGAAUGAAGAUAACAAUUCAAAUAUUGACCUAGAUAAUAAUUCAGAUAAUAAUUCAGAUAAUAAUGAAUCAAAAUUAUUAUGA